CGCGGCGCCCGCAACCGCCAUGGCCGCCUCGGCGCCCCUCGAACCGGCUCUGUUCCGCCUCCAGAGUUCAGUGCAGAUCACAUUUGAAGAGGGUCCUCUGUUACCACCAGCCGCAAAUAUAAGUCGCGUGACGUGCAAGGGGCAGUCGGACCACAGCAUGGUGCUGUACUGCCAUCUGUCAGCUGAAGCUGUGAAAUUCCCUGUCUCUGUUACUCAGCAGUCCCCAGCUGCUGUUUCUGUGGACACCUAUCAUGUCACUUUGGCUGUGCUGCAGGCUCAGGUGGAGAUCCACUUGGAGGAGAUACAGAAUGAAGGUCUCCUGGUGUCGUGGAUGUUCAAGGACAGACCAGACUUGAACCUUUCAGUUCUUCCAAGACUUCAACUUCGCGAGAAUGAAGGGAGAGUGGAUCUGUCCACCAUAAAGGAUCUGAUCGAGGAUACCAUUGUCAGCACACAGCCAGCCAUGAUGGUGAAUCUGAAGGCCUGCACUGCUGGAGCCGGUGUGGUACCCAGCAAUAAGUUGACUCGAGAGUCCCCGUCCGGAGGAGAAGCAGCCCCUCUGGGUUCUAAGCUGUUGCUCCGGAAUCUUCGAGUGCUGAACUUGGGCUGCCAGGAGAAGGAAGGAGUUGGGGAGAUACGCUGCGUGGCAGAGCUGGACAGCCCGCCACAGCAGAAGCGGACGAGGCCGGUGACAGCUGGCAGUGCGGGUGCUGCAGCAGAGAUGGAGUGGAAUGAGGACCUCUUUCUGGAGUUGGGACCUAGAAGUAAAGAGCUGAAGCUACAGGUGCUGGGGAGCAGUGAUGGAGGGGGAAAUGUGCUGCUGGCACAUGCCACACUUUUGCUUGAUUCUUUGGCCAAACAACCAUCUGGGAGACAGGUCUGCUCACUGGCCCCAGGAGCUGGGCGGUCACUGGCAGCUGAAGCUACUGUUAUAUUGGAGCUGCUAUUCCAGGAGUCUCCCACAUCAUUGAAUGCUCAGCACGCCACAUCUCUGCGAACCAGCAUUACUCCCACGAAGAAGGUGGAGAUGGACCGGACCAUCAUGCCCGACGGCACCAUUGUGACUACUGUCACCACGAUUCAGUCCCGGCCCAAGGCAGACUGCAAACUGGAUUCACCAUCGAGGUCUCCUUCCAAGGUGGAAGUGACUGAAAAGAAGACAACAGUGCUUUUGGAGAGCGGCUGCCCUCGCAGCCCCUUGCCCAGCAGUAGCCGGGAUAGCCGUAUGCCCAAUGGCUUGGAUCCGGUGGCUGAGACGGCGAUCAGGCAGCUAACCGAGACGAAUAACAAGCCCGCCAAGAAGACCCCAACAAAACGUAGCACGCUGAUCAUCUCGGGAGUUUCCAAGGUACCUAUUGCUCAAGAUGAAAUGGCACUUUCUCUGGGUUAUGCUGCAUCUCUGGAGGCCACGGCGUAUGGGGAUUCGGCGGCAGAGGGUGUGACUGACAGGAUGCACGAUUCUACUGAAUCGUCACAGCUGCUAGAAGCAUUGCCAUCGGGACAAAGGGCCAGCCAGGAGCUGGAUGAGACGACGCGAUCAGAUGUCUCUGAGAGACCAUCAGUGGAAGAUGUUGAGUCUGAAACUGGCUCCACAGGAGCCCUUGAGACGAGGAGCUUAAAAGAUCACAAAGUUAGCUUUCUUCGGAGUGGUACCAAGCUCAUCUUCCGGAGAAGGAGCAAGCAGAAGGAAGCGGGCCUGAGCCAGUCACACGAUGACUUGUCCAACGUCACCGCCAACUCCGCCACCAGGAAGAAAGCCGGCAGCUUCUCCCGCCGCCUCAUCAAACGCUUCUCCUUCAAGUCUAAAUCCAAACCCAAAGCUAGCGACAGCACAACAGCAGACUAGUUGCUGUGGCUGAAGCUGAAGAGAACAGAAAAAGGCGAACCAGCUGAAGAAUGAAGCAAAGCAGAUCCAACUGGAAGCUGCCUCUAUCUGCAGAAUACAGAAACCCUGCCUCUUUGAGUGAGGAAUGCUCCUAAUUAAUAGAUCUCGGCAGAUUACAUCACUAAUGUAUAACGCAGGAUGGAUGACAGUUGAGUAACCGGAGGUACAGAAGAGGAAGGGGGGAGAGAGCGAGAUGGAGAGAGAGAAGUGUCUGAACUGUAUGUUUCUCCAGAUGGUGCCAAAAGCGGGAGCUGCGAUGAAAGAAGCCUUGUUGGCCCAUCCGUAUCUGGAGCGAUGUCACUCUGGAAGCCGGAGGCUGGGUACAUGUGAAACAACACCAGAGGAAGAAUCCUCUUACACGUCAAUGGAAAGGUCCAUUUCAAGUACUGUUAACCUCACAGAUGGCAGAGAACGUGGAAGGAACGAAAGCCUGGAUACGUGUGGCACAUUGUAAAAGAAGUACAUUGUCGCGACGGGAACUAGCCCUGAGCCAGAAGCGGGGAAUGGUACAAAGCAGACCGUUUCCCUCAAGGUCAAAUAUGGACUGGGAAAUAGGAGAGUGUACACCUCUCAAACUGAUGUUGAAAAGGAAAUAGUCUAGUGAAUUACUCUAGCGAACAGUAUAAUUGGGAAAGUUAUACUGACUUAGAGAUCUUACUGAGAUUACUGGUCUCUUUUCUGUUUGUAACGUUAUUUUUCAUAAUACUCUUUGUGAACCACUGUCAGGUUUUAAAAUACUACGGAGAUACUGCCUGUUACAUCUUUGCCCUGCGCUGUAAGAGGGAUGUUCUUUAGGGCAGUGUAAUUCUUACUACAGUCUCUUGCAAAAAAUUGCAAGAUCGACACAUUCUUUGGAUUGUUGGAUACGUACAGCGUUGGCUGUCUUCCCACUGACUCCGGGCUCUGCUGCAGGCCCACACACUAAGCCAGAUCCAGAUGCGUAUAGCCUGUUUCAUCUCAUGAUGUUGGCUGCAACAUCCAUUGUUAAUCUGGGAGCAGAGCAGGUGAGCAGAAUGCCACGGUGCUUCCGAGGAGGCUGUCAUCGGUGUCGACUGGCAUGAAAUCAACUGACCAGCACUCUGUCUGCAGAUGAGGAAGAGGAACCGUGCGAUUGCAGUGACAUCCUAGUUAGCUUGGGUGGUCUUUGUCGAGGAUGGAUUCCGAUUCCCAGCCCGCUCAAAGCUAAGUUGAGGUGCCAACACUAUCCACGCAUGGGGUGGCAGGAAGGGGUUUUACAUUCAGUGCAGUGGAGAGGGCAGUUUGGAACAGGACAUCUUUGGGCAGAGAGAGGGUCCACAUUCCUUUCCACAAAAUAUGUGCAUCUGAUGGGCAGGGCAGUUCCUGCCUCUGUCUCUGUUGUGUAGUUUGUAUAGUCUGUCUCCUGUGUUCUAUGCCGUACUUUUAUGAAUUCAUGAUGUUCCUGUUGUUCUUUGUGCCCGGUGGGCAUGUAGCUAGCCAUCCCUAGGGUCUUGCACACGUCGACUCAGCAGCAUAGCGCCAAUCAAGGGCUGCUUCACUUGUGUUACAAGCUCAAAGCAUGGAUCGGUCUUGUGUCUCGAAAGUUUCUGGUGUCUUUCACUGUCUCUUCCAUGGUGGCAUUCCAGUCUGUUGUCAGCUCCACUCUCAAGCCGUUUGUUUUACACAGAGCCCUUUUUCUGGGCCUUCUUUCCCACGUCCUUGUGUUCUUAGGUCUUAGAGCCAUGCUUCUUGCACAUCUGUCAUCUCAGUUUUGACCAUAACAUCUUGUCAUGGAUCGUGACGUUUGACUUUCUCUGGGGCCGCCUUAGGGCCUCCUCAUCUUGUGCUUGCAGCCCAGUAGGUCUUGCUGCCUGACAGCGUCUGCAAUCUGGGAGUCAUUUUUCUUGCUGAGAGUUUUCUCUCAUCUCUGUGUUGCAGCAUUUGUGGUGUUUGUGUGUGUCCAGGUAGCGGCUCCUCUGCCUGGGGGGCGUAGCAAUGGUGGGGCUACGGGAGGAAUGGCAAUGAGAGCCUCUGCUUAACCUUGAUCUGCAUCUAUGACUGUUGAGGCGCUGACCGUGCGGUGCAUUUCAGGUCAAGUAGCUGUCUGCAGCAGGCAAGGGUGGUCAUUUCCAUAGUGAUUUGUAGGUGCUGAGGGGGUGGCUGGAGCCUUCUGGGAGAGGCUGCUUGAGUGGUUGUCGAGCAGAUCGGGUAUCCAAGCUGUUAAGGCUUGAAUGUGCAGGGCUUAGUGUUAGGGUGGUUUUGUGGUUUGUUUUUGUUUUGUUUUGUUUUGUUUUUUAGUUUAAUGGCAGGCUGCAGUUGGGAUCUAGAUGGUAUUCCUAGAUGGGAACAAGACCUCUGGCAUUGUUCAGCUAUUGCUCCUGUGUAUAUAUAAAAUAAAAAAGAAAGGACACUAAACCAAAAAAAAGGUGUAUUUUAUAUAUGAAGGAAUUUAAAAUAGAAAAAAGUCUGGAUAGAGCUAUCCACAUUUAAUAUGUGUUACACAGUAAGUCUAAAUAGAUAUUAUAUGUAAUCUAGAGAUUAUAAAUAAUAUUUAUAAAUAGAGAUUAUAUAUAAGUGUAAAUAGAUAUCUAAGUCCAAGCAGAUAUAAUUGUAAAUAGGUAUCUAAGUCUACAUACAUGUAACUGUCAAAAUAUAUCAUAAGUGUAAAUAGAGAUAAUAUAUGUCUAUGCAGAUACUAUAUACAUGUCAAAAGAUAGAUAUAUAUGUAAAUAUGUCAUUAUAAGUGGAAAUAGAUAAUAUAUA